GAGAAACAAUGACGAUUGAAGAGAUUCAUGAAUAGGUACCAUCCGAGAGAUUCUGAGUGUCGUCGACUCUGCUCCGCUUGACAGAAUUCGAGACACCCGACGGCGAAGCCUUACGCUUGACUCCAGCGGUGCCACACAUUGUUGCUGUUGUAGUCAAGCGUAAUUCAUGAGAAGAAAAUUGGCGUGUUUAUCCACCUUGAUCAUGCUUUGUCGCUUUCUCGAAAACUUGUCGCAAAAUCCGGGGACGAUUGAUUCUGCCAGUUCUUACGUGCCAAGGCUGCACACCGCCCGAGAUGCACUCGGUUCAACACGCUCCGACGCGUCGAGGUCAGCAAGGCGAAGCUCCUCACAGGGACGACAUGAAAUUAUUUUUCCAGUCCUUAGCUUAUGCUUCCUCCUCUUCUACUACUAGUCUGGGGCAUAUGCUAUACUCUGGGUGCCUAAGGCUGUCCACGUCUUCGCAACAAGUUACCU